AUGCCGUCCCUGAUGCUCCUCGCCCUCACCUGCUUUUACCUCCUUGCCACGAUGGCCGAGGGCACGCUGUAUGACGCGGAUUCUGAUACCUAUUCAAACGAGCUGGACCGCUUGUUGGCGGAGGAACUGCAGCAGCAACAGCAAGAAGUUCAGCAGCAGCACUUCCCCUUCUCCAGGAUGCGCAGAAGCGGAAAGAUCCGGUUAUGCGGAAAGCUGCUCGUCGACACGAUGAACCAGGUAUGCAAUGGGUGCACAAAGCCGGUGCCGAACAGCCUCGACGAGGGCUCAUACGACUUCCGGAAAAAGCGAUCAGUCCACCAUGCACACAGCCACCGGGUGAAGCGCGGCGGCCUGGCCAACGAGUGCUGCGCCAAGAUGUGCACGAUGGAGGUGCUGAAGACGCACUGUGCGCCAUGC